CGCGAGAAGGAUGGAAUUUGGGCUGUUUUGGCUUGGCUUUCAAUACUUGCAUAUAAAAAUAAGGAUAAUCUCAAUGGAAGCAAGUUUGUGACUGUUGAGGAUAGUCCGCCAGCAUUGGGCUACCUAUGGUCGACAUUAUUAUACUCGAUAUGACUAUGAGAAUGUGGAUGCUGGUGCAGCAAAAGAUUUAAUGGCAUUUUUGGUCAAAUUGCAGUCAUCUCUCGAUGAAAUUAACACUAUAGUGAAGGGGGCUCGUUCGGAUGUGUCAAAUGUUGUGAAUGCAGAUGAAUUCGAAUACAAGGAUCCUGUUGAUGGUUCUAUUUCGAAGCACCAAGGCAUUCGGUUUUUGUUCGAAGAUGGGUCACCAUUGGUGUUCCGUCUCUCUGGAACUGGCUCAGAAGGCGCAACCAUCCGUCUCUACAUUGAGCAGUACGAAAAGGAUUCUUCAAAAACCGGAAGAGAUUCCCAAGAAGCACUUGCUCCUCUUGUGGAGAUUGCAAUAAAACUUUCAAAGAUGCAGGAGUUCACCGGCCGAUCGGCACCUACUGUUAUCACAUAGAUCCAUAUACUACAAGUUAUGUAAUCUUAAAAAG